AUGCAGAGUCUUGUGAAUUAUGGUCUCAUAUUUGCCUCAACAUGCGGCUUAAUUCUAGGAAUUGGAUUCUGUGCCAAUAUUCUUGUGUUCUCCCUCUUUGCUCGAUUUAACUCAUUGCACAAAAACUGUUUGGAUCUCAUCCUGUUAAAUAUGGCACUGGCAGACUUUCUUAACCUUUUACUGUUACCAUUCACCAUAUACAUUUCCAUUUACCGUAACUGGUCCCUUGGAGACACUUUUUGUAAGAUCUACCAGUUCUUUUUAGCUUUUUCCUUGGCAGCCAGCACCUAUUCUCUAUGUGCGGUUUCAUUUGCUAGAGCCAUGAUAAUCAUCAAGCCUCACCAACCACCAGAAAUUAACUUUGUCAUUUUCAUGCUGUUUUUAGUCUGGGCACUCAGCUUUUUUAUUAGCUUUCCCCUUAGGAUUUUUGCCACGAAUGAAACUGGAAUGAAUGUUACCUUCUGCUUACCCACUUUGCAUGAACAUCACUACCAGGUGGUUCUGGGACAGUUUACAUUCUAUUACUUAUUUCCCAUGUUAGUGAUUACCUUCAAUUACAUACGAUUGGCGAAAUUUCUUCACAAAAGUCCAAUGAUGUCCAGGGUAAGUUCCAGGAACACUCGCAGAGCUUCCAUCAUGAUUUUCCUUGCUGCUGCCACAUUCUCAGUAUGUUGGCUACCGGGAUAUAUGUUGGAGUUAUGCGUCUAUCUUGGAUUAUAUUGUCACAGCACGGUCUGGGAUACAUUCUACUUUAUCUGCACUGUUCUACAGUACCUUCAUCCUUGUGUUAAUCCUGUCCUGUAUGUCCUCCUGUCAAAAAGGUAUCGGCAUAUCAAAGUCAGCUGGCUUCUUAACUGCAGCAAAACUAAAGUACAGCCACAGAUUAUCAGCAUCACUGAAUAA